CCAGGGCAAGGGUGGGAUUCUGUCCAUAACUCACAGAAUCCUCCCCAUUUUCUCCCAGGAUGAAGAUGGCCCCUCAGCAAGCAAUGGGCUCCCUCUUCUGUGGCCCAGGCACCUUCCUCUUCUUCCUGGCAUUGGGUUGCAUGGCUACUCCAGGGACCCAUCUGUGUACCAGGGGAUCCAUUGAUGAAGCCACUAUCUGUGCCUCAGUGCCAAGCAUCAGUGAGGAGGAUGUCAGGGCAGCAUCCAGUGGGGACCCUUCCAUCUGUCAGGUGACAUUGGCCCAGUACGCCUGCAUCCCGAGGUCAUGGCUGCGGGUCUGGAAGGAAGAUUUUCUGACAUCCCUAUAUCCUUGCCUUGUGGCCAGAGGUCUGCCCAGUGCCCUGGACCCUGCAUACUCUACCCUGCUCUUCUCCAAAAUUGAUCUCCCUGUUCUUGAGACUGCCCUGGAGAGAUUUUCCCAGCAGUUCUCUCCAGCGGUGCUCUCAGACCAGUGGGCAGGGGUGUUGUUUAAUGGCCUAUGGGGGAGGCUGGGGCCAGCAUUCCAGGCCAGGGAAGCCCAGGCCACAUGGUCCCGGUGGCUGGCCCGGCUCCAGCCCUUCCUCCUACACCCUGAAGCCUUCGACUGUCUGGCUGCUCAGAACACAUCCUGCGAGACUUUCCACAAUCUCACCUCAGCCCUGAAUGACAUCUACUCAAGCCUGGAAGUGGAGAAGCAGAGGAAGAUUUUCGAAGGCAUGGUGGCCUUCCUCCUGCAAGAGGGCUCUGGGUCCCACUGCCAGCAUGAGGCUGUGCCGGGCCUAAACUCCUCAUCCUGGUUGGCCGAUUACCUGGGCUUCUUCCUGGAACACGCCACUCAGGAGGAACUCAAGAGAUUGGCGGAUGAGCCCAAGCUCCAGAUGUUAGUGAGAGAUCCUGCCACCCUGCACCUGGUCAGCCAGCUCCACCUGAUGCCAGACCUGGCCAACUUUUACACAGCUCUACUCACCUCCCCGCCUAGCCUCGACCUCUCCAGCAUCCCAGACACCCUCAUCUGUCACCUCAGUCCAGAGACCUUGAAAAACACAGAGGUUGAAGAUGUCUUGGCCCUGGCCCAGAGACUCAACAAGGUUUGCUUUGACCCAACUCCACAGCCUGAUGGAAACAAGUCAGUUCUUGAACUGCCAUCUCGGGAAGCCAUACAGGUGGCAUCUGGGCUGCUGAGUAGCUUUAGGAACUUUUCAGAGGCCGUGCUGCGUAGAUUGGGUCAAACAGCCCUGGGGCUGUCAGUGCCACAGAUUGAGGGGCAGAUCAGUGGCCAGGACCUGGUGGCCGCUCUGCCCACCCUGGCCCAGGUGAGGGCUUGGAGCCCUGCACAGUCCCGUGCUCUCACCCACAGGCUCUUGGACUCUGGCUAUAAGGUCUUGGAUGGCCAGAGUCUAGCAGCCCUGGGAAGCCUGGUGGGUGGCCUCAAUAGCACUUGGCUCCAGAGCCUGGCCCCAGAUGUAGUCUUGGAAGCUGUGAAGGAUCCAGAAUUUGCUCAGCAUCUUACCCACAUCCCACCCAUACUGAAAACUGCAUUUGUGGAACAGGUGGCCUUGGCUGUUCCGAGCCCCAUUGCCCUGGUUCAGGCCAUGCCAGACACGCUCGCCAAUGCCAUCCCCAGUGAGAUGCUGGCCUUCAGCCCUGAUGACCUCCCCAGAUUCGAUGACCUCAACAGCCAAAGAUGGACUCAAGUACAGGCAGCCAUGUUUUUCGAUAAAGUGGUAAAGAACGUGUCUGACUUUAAUAGCCUCUCCCCUUAUAUUUUACAUGGCUUCACAUGUGCAUCAGCCUCUAGCCUGGACAUGGAACAAGUCCGACACCUGGCCAAGGUCAUGGAAAGGAAAAACGUCUCGCUGGGGGCAGAGCAGUUGAGCUGCCUGGCCAAGAGAGUCACUGAAGACGGCAUUCCUGAGGACCUGGACAGCUACCCCAGGGACAUGCUGCUGUUUCUAAGCCCUUCUGCCUACACAAGGACUGGAGACUGCAAAAAUUUCUUCAUUCGGGUGGGAGAGUCCAACCAGGAUGUCCUCCAGAAAGACUCGCCCCUGAGAUCCAGACUGCUAUCAGAGGCCCUGACUUGUCUGGGCAUCUCGGGCACACAAGUCAGCGAGGAGGACAUUCGCAUCCUGGGCUGGCUGGCCUGUGACCUGCCCGGCCGCUACAUAAACAGCUCUGCGGAGGUGCUCUUGCCUCGGUUGGAGCAGUGUGGUGGUCCCUUUAGCCCUGACCAGAAGGAGGCCGUCAACCUGGCCCUACGCUCCAGUAAUUCUCCCUAUGGCCCCCCCUCUAGAUGGUCGAUAUCCACCCUGAAUGCUCUUCAGAGGCUGCUUUCAUCUUUUGACAGACACAUCAUUCAGAACAUCUCCCAGAGUGUUUUGAGUGCCUGGCUAAAACGUGCCCUCCCGUUCCCUCCCUGGGCCGGGCAGAAUCUGAGAGCCUUCAUCCAAAACCACCCGUCUUCCCGAUAUAGGCGGGCUGCUAGGCCCACAGCUCAGUGCGGGAAAGCGGAGAUCACAGAUAUAACCGAAGACCUGGUGUUGUACUCAGAGGAGGCGUUGCGGAACUGUCUGAACGCAUCUGUGGUGGCAGUCAACUUGCACAAACUCAAGGACUUCCCCUUCACCUAUGAGCAGGAAGCGAUCUUCAAGGAAAAACUGGAUGAGUUCUACCCAAAUGGGUACCCUGAGUUUGUGAUCAGUAAACUGGGCUAUCUCUUUAAUCUGGUCACCCUUAACCAAAUAAGCAAGUGGAAGGUGACCUCCGUGGAGACUCUGGAAGCGGUGCUCAAAGCCAACUUUAGACGUGAUGAUUUGGUUAUGGCAGUGAUUAAUAACUACCUCCAGAGGGGAGGCCCCCUCAAUGUCACCUUCCUGAACACCAUCGGUUCCAAAUACCUCUGCGGCCUGACUGAUGAGCAGCUCAGUUCCAUAGAGCCAUCCGUCCUCAGAAAAGCCAAGCCCUUGAACCCAUCUGCCUGCUCCCAGGCACAGAAGAAUAUCCUCUAUCCAAAGGCCAAGACUUCCUUCCAAGGCAUAGCAUUCCCAAAAUACUACACGCUGAUCCAACCUUAUCUAGGUGGAGCCCCAACACAGGAUCUAAAAGACCUCAGCCAAAAGAAUGUUAACAUGGACAUAGAAACAUUUAAGGAACUACAAAAAGAAGUCAUCUUGCCACUGACCCCCGAGGAGGUACGCGGACUCCUGGGACGAAACCUAAUGGGGCUGAAGGCCGAGGAGGAAAACUCUCCAGUCCGGGCAUGGAUCCUCAAUCAGCGUCAGGAGAGCCUGGAUGACUUGGGCAUUGGGCUCAGCGGGGGGAUCCCCAAUGGUUACAUUGUCUUCAGCUUCAGGGACAAAAAUUAGAUAACAGUCUUCCUUCUUUGGUGGGGGGGGUGGGGAACUGCACAGGGCUUUGGCCCUCUCUCA